CGUCUGAGUAAAUUCUAGUAGUAGGCGCUGUGUCGAACACGGCUGAAGACCGAACCGAAUUCAUGUACCACCAGCCACCGGAAGCGUUAAACAGCAGAAUGAGACUGAAGUGUGUAGGAACAGUGAGCAGUAGCAAAUGUUGCACUAUGUCAGUUUGUGUGGUUCCAAAAAGAUCAUGACUGUCCGACGUCGUACGUUGAGCUAUAUUCGUCCAUUGUGCUCAUUUUUAGCUGCUAGUCCACUUUUAGCUUAUGUUUCAAAGAAAGUAACAAACAAUACAACCGAGCAGCGCGAUGGUCCCCUUCGGCGGCCCCUGCAAUAAGUAGUGCACAUUGCACAAGCCCCUGUAGAUAACCAAGCUCGCACGGUGACCGGUCUUUGUGCGGUGCACACUGUAUUUUCCCCUCCAACAAUGCGCUCAUGCUCGCUACAAAAAUAACCAAUGACGCGCAGCGAUCAAGCUCACAUUCAAAAAUAGUCUCUCCCCGCAUGCCUGCUCUCCUGCUGCCGGCGCCAUUGCGCUGCUUCCAUGCUCUGCGCGCUCGCACGUUGGGACACACCAGCCAACCGUAUUCGUGUUUCACGGCGCGCUGCUGCGCAGCCGAGUGGGGUCCCUCGUGGUGCCGAGGUACAAUCUGGUCCAAGGUAUCGCCUGAUGGACUGUUCUCUUGUUCGUCGCUUGAUCGUUGGAUGGCCCGGGAGCGGACAGCGCCGGGCGAGACGACGUUGUUCUCUGUUCUCGCCUGUGCACGGUACCUGGGUAUUUUUGAGGACCCACGCUUGGACGUUUCUCUUUCUCUCUGGGACGUAGUGAGCCGUGAGGAGGGUAUAUAUAGUUGCCUCUGAGGGCUCCCAGCCCCAGACCUGCUUGCGCUGCUCUUGCUCCUGCUGUUCCAAAGUUACACCAGACCUCAUCGUCAUCGUCGUCGUCAUGCUCAAGCUGACCUCUGUCGCGCUGCUCUCCCUCCUCGCGCCCGGCGGCGGCGCGCUCGCGUCCACCCUGACCGGGCUGAUCAGCUCGGGAUGCGCCACGGACGGCCCUGUGUCCUGCCAGAACACGACCGCCGUCAGCAACACGUGCUGCUUCGAGUACCCCGGUGGCCAGAUCCUGCAGACGCAGUUCUGGGACACGGACGUGGCGGGGAGCCCCGCGGACUCGUGGACGAUCCACGGGCUGUGGCCGGAUAACUGCGAUGGGACGUACGAGGAGGACUGUGAUCCGUCGAGGGACUAUACGAAUAUCACUGAUCUCCUGACGUCCCAGGGCGCGACUAGCACGCUCGAUUAUAUGGAAGACUACUGGCUCAACGACGACGGCACCGCGCAAGAGCUCUGGGCACACGAGUGGGCGACGCACGGGACGUGCUACAGCACGCUGGAGCCGUCGUGCCUCCCGAGCGGGUCGCCCGCGGGCGCGGAGGCCGUCGCGUUCUUCGAGACGGUCGUGCGCGUGUUCAAGACGCUCCCGACGUACACGUGGCUCGCGGACGCGGGGAUCACGCCCGACGACGGGGCGACGUAUGAGCUGAGCGAUGUGCUUGGGGCGUUGGAGAGCGGGUCUGGCGGGUAUACGCCGGCGGUAAGCUGCGACGACGACGCGCUGAGCGCGAUCAGCUGGUACUUUAACCUCCAGGGCUCGGUCAUCGACGGGACCUUUAUCCAGAUCGACGCGACGGAUGACUCGAGCUGCCCGUCGAGCGGGAUCAAGUACCCGCCCAAGGAAUCCAGCGACUCGGAUGGGUCCUCUCGCCGUCGCCGCGGCGCACACCGCCGCUCGAGCCACCGCGGACGGGGCAUGAAGGCGCGCAGUGAGCUGUAAAAAGAUGGAUAUAGGGUAGCAUAGAGCCGUUCACUGGAUGUGCUGUAUAGUAGUAAACGUUGAGGUGAAAACAGGUGGAUGGAAUAGACAAGGUCGAAGAGCUUGCACGCCUAUCCCGGAGCGCUUGAGCGCCUUUGGGGAAGAGAAGCCACUCUCGACGCAAGCCAGUCUCC